UAUAAUAAGAUAUUGGAUGGUAGUGAAAAUUCAUGAAGAAAAACUCGUAGCUGGAGAUGAUAUCGUGUUACUUCAAGCUUUGGCACGAGUUUUUCUUUUUUAUUUGGUAAAAGCUCAUUUGUGAUUGUCAUUAAGGUCCUUCAUUACCAUUACCAAUACCAUUUAAAAGACACAAGUGUCAUGGUCACAUCAGUUCACACGUGAUAAUUAAAUAUUCUCCUGCUCACAAAGUCACAAAUUUAAUCAGCAAUAAUUCGUAUACAUGAGUGAAGCAUUUUGUUUCGAACUUUGCCAAGUUGGAGAGGUCCCUGCCUCUUCCUGUUGAAGUGAAAGGUGAAAACAACCUCACUCUGUCUCUGUGUGGCCCGCCCUUCAAGCUUUAUCUUCCCCUGUUUCAAUCACCACUUUUUUUUAAUUUUUUUUAUUUUAAUUUUAUUAAUUUGUGUGUUCCCCUUGUCUCCAACUCACUUGCUUGCUACAGGGGAAAAAAAAUUUGAGUUGAGAAAACUCCCUUAUAAAUCUUUUUAAAGAAAAUGAAUAAAGAAGUCAUACAUGUGAAACAUCCAUUUGAUUGUAUCGUGUGCAUGGUAGUUGAUUACAACCGGUUGUACAAUAAAAAUUGUGGAAUCAAAAAAAUUGUUUGUAGUAUAGAGAACCCGUACAAGUACAACACACUAGAAAUGGUUUAAAAAAAAUUACCUGAAAAGCUUGCCUAAGAUGUACUAGCAGGUAUGGCCAGUUUAUGAAAGAAGUGAUUAGAAAGUGGAAAUGAUUAGAAAGUGGAAAGAAAGUGUGCCAUUGGUGUCACACCCCACAUUGGGCAUUGGUGAGACAGGUAAGAUUUUAUUAUUAAGGGUGUAGAUUUGGAGUUAAGUUCAUAUAACUGUUAUUUCUUUUGUACUUGUUAAAUAAAAGAGGCCUACUUCAUGCUUUAUGCUGGGAUACAGAGUCUAAUUUAUCACCAAUAUUAUCCAACCAGUACAUAUAAUAAUGGUUAAUAUUCUUCAAUGGUAAUGGUAAAAUAUUUGUGUGGAUAUCAUAUCUCUAUAUUUUGCAGGAUCUCUCAGUUAGCUUGCAUUAUUUGAUCGGGUGCAUUAAGUUAUCCCUCGUGAGGGGAGUUUCCUGAUAGCCAGGUUUGUAUUACGGAGUACUCCGUAACACUCUAGAAAUAGAGAGUUCAACCCCAAACCACAUUAAGAGUUUAUAUUUGCAUCCUUUUUAAGAGUUUAAACCCAAUGAUAAGACAAAAGAGCUCGUCUUUUUCUUUCUACUGUAGUAUCUAAUAUGGGGGACAAAAAAACUUGUGUUUCCUCUUCACCCACAACUAAUGGGUUGUCCUUGAUUUCUUCUUAAGGGAACAAUUUAUUUUUUGCUCCCUCCCUACCCACACUGUCUUUUCCCUAUCUCACUCCGUCCCUCCCUCCCUCCUUUUCUCUCUCAGAGUUACCCUUUGCAUAUGCUGAUAAUUGCUUUUCAAUUGUCCUGAUGUCCAUGUCAGAGGAUGGGUGUCUUAGGAACCCCUAAGUUAGUAUCCCUUAUGCUCAACAACUUGAUUGUAGGUUUUCUCUCUCUACAUUGCUCUUUCUAUAUUUAUUUCUCAUCUUCAUUUCUUUGGUACUUAGGUUUGUUAUAUAAUCACAUCCUGUAAUCCCCAUGCACUUCCUUGCAACUUCUUUUGCCUUCUUAUUUCCACUGUUAUAUUUCAUUUAUCUUCUUGUUGGUUAACUUCUUUCCCUUUUCUCACAUAUUAGCAAGUUGUGUGGAUAUCAUUGUAGUUCAUAGUUAAAGAGGGAAAAUGGAGUGGGAUUCAAAAUCAUGUGCUUGGAAUGGGGUGAGCAAGUUAGAGAUUCAAGACAACAGUUACCAUCAUCAUCUAGCUACAUUAGCAGGUUCAAGUGGCUCAGGAAUUGGAAACAUGUUUUCAGUGGAUCUGAAGCUGGGAACACUAGGAGAUAUUGGAGAUGUGUCUAUGCAGAACUUCAAGAAUUCAAUGCCCUUAAGUAUGAUGGAUUCUUCCUCUUCUCCUUCGCCGGUGUUGGCGCUUUCAAAGAGAGGGAGGCCACGCAACAGUGGAGCGCAAAAUACAGUUUUCUGCUCAGUUGAUGGGUGUGCUUCUGACCUUAAUCAAUGCAGGGAAUACCAUCGCCGCCAUAAGGUAUGCGAGAAGCACUCUAAGACGCCCGUUGUUACUGUUGGUGGGAAGGAACAGCGGUUCUGCCAGCAAUGUAGCAGGUUCCAUUCCCUUGAGGAGUUUGAUGAAGUUAAGAGAAGCUGCAGAAAACGCUUGGAUGGACAUAAUCGACGUAGGAGGAAGAGACAGCCUGAAAUCUGUUACAUGCCUGAUUCUGCUGGUGGCUUUUUGUCAUCUCAUACAGAUGGGAUGCUGCAGUUUUGCUGUCCCGAAACGCAUACUGUAAACUGGCCUAUAAUGUCACAGCAGCCUGAUAUGUACUCCCAAAAUAAUAAUCAAGAAACAAUGUAUCAGCCACUUGUAAAUGGCGUUACUCUAACAGGAACUAGUAGGAGAGGCGGCCUAAAGGUUUCACCAGACAAUUUAGGAUGUGCUCUCUCUCUUCUGUCAAGGUAUUCGUCGGAUAUCUGUGUGGAACCUGGUAUGCAACCAACAACUAUGAGUUCAUCAACAGGUCAAGGUAGCAGCAGCACUUCCCUGCAUCUAAAUAACAGUUUUCUUCAACUUCCAUGCUCUCAAGGCUUAGAGGAUAUGGACAGUUCAGCUUCAUUCUCUAGUACUACUAAUACUAAUCCUCGAAGCUUUGGAGGGUUCCAUGAUGGGUUUCGUGAAACCGGCUCUUCUAGAAUCUUCCCAUUUACUUGGGAGUAGUUAAGUCUUUUAAUAUUUAUGAUUCAUGAAUGCUUUUCCAUGACUAAAAUCAAUCUCCUGUGCAAUAAAGAAGAAAUGAACUAACUUCUCUGUUCAAUUUGUUCCAUUAUCAGAGCAUGCAUGUCUGUCUGGUGAUCAAUUCUUUGUUGUGUUUCGAUAUGUUGGAAAUUAAUAUAUAGUUAAUAUCUCCUGCGUUUCUUUUUA